AUGACGAGCAACCCGCUGGGCGAGCUAAUCAACCUCAAGCAAACGGGAACCGUGGCUGAAUAUCAACGCCAGUUCCAAACCUUGCUUGUCAGAGCGGCCACAGUUAGGCCAGAUCAGCAAGUGGACAUGUUCACAGCAAGGCAGAUAGAACCCCUAAGGAUAGACGUAGAGAUGCAGCACCCCCCAAAUCUGGUUACGGCAAUGAACCUCGCCCGCGCCUUUGAACAGAAAAUGCAGCUUACUCAUGGACCCUUCAGCAUUGGACGGCCAGCCACGACUUGGGCACCAUCAAGGCCAGCGGGAGUGUCUACUCCUGCACCCAACAGGGAGCAGAGGACCCACACCGACAAUCCCUCUAGAUCAGUAUCACAGACAGGGAGCAGCAGGGUGUCACCCCCCACCAGCGUCUGUCCCGAGCAAAGAUGGCAGAACGCGCGCGCGAAGGGGCAGUGCUUCAAUUGCGAUGAUUUAUACUCCGCAGGGCAUAGAUGCAAGAAACUAUUAUGCCUUCUAGUAGACGAAACUGAAGAGGAUGAGGAAGAGCCAUCACCAACUGAACCCGAGAUCUCACUCCAUGCAAUCACUGGGAUCAGAACCUCCCAGACAAUGCAACUAAGGGCGCUAGUGACGGGGAAACUCGUGCGCAUUCUGGUAGACUCCGGAAGCACCCACAAUUUCAUCAGCAAUCAGGCGGCCCACAAGUUGGAGUUGCCCAUGGAAGUCAAGCCACAACUACAGGUAGCCGUGGCGAAUGGGGAAAGAGUUCACAGCCCCGGCAUCUGCAAGAACACCAGAAUUCAGGUUGGGAAAGAAUCCUUCCGAGCAUAUCUAUUUGUACUAUCCUUGGACGAAUUUGACAUCGUCCUAGGUGUCAAAUGGCUGAUCACUCUAGGCCCAAUCCUGUGGGACUUCACUGCCCUAACCAUGACCUUCCACUUAGAUGGAAAACCGGUUACUUGGCAGGGAACCUGGACAAGGACCAAGACACAACUACAUGCGCUCCAGGGGGAGAAUUCGCGCACGACUGAUGUGGAGAGGCUUCUCACUGAUUACUCAGCCGUUUUCCAAGAACCCAAGGGCCUCCCACCUCCUAGAGCCUACGACCACCGGAUCCCUCUAAUAGUAGGGUCAGACCCGGUCGUGGUUCGGCCCUAUCGCUACCCCCACCGACAGAAAGAUGAGUUAGAGAAGCAAUGCGCAGAUAUGCUACAACAGGGGAUCAUUCGGCCCAGCCACUCCCCUUUUUCCUCCCCAGUUCUGUUGGUACCCAAACGGGACGGGACUUGGAGAUAUUGUGUGGACUAUAGGGAACUCAAUAGCCGAACCGUAAAAGAUAAAUUCUCGAUCCCCAUCGUAGACGAAUUAUUGGAUGAACUCCAUGGCGCACAAUUCUUCUCCAAAUUAGACCUCAUGUCAGGCUAUUUCCAGGUCAGGAUGUCUUCCGCAAAUGUAGAAAAGACAGCCUUCAGGACACAUCAUGGCCAUUUCGAGUUCCUAGUUAUGCCAUUCGGCCUCUACAACGCCCCUUCCACAUUCCAAGCCCUGAUGAAUGAAGUCUUCCACUCCCACCUCCGUAAAUAUGUACUGGUCUUCUUCGACGACAUCUUGGUCUAUAGCAAGACGUGGGUGGAACACAUUCAGCAUCUGCGAGUCGUGCUCAAGCUCCUAAAGCAGCACCGAUUCUUCCUUAAAAGAUCCAAGUGUUCCUUUGGGGAACACCAAGUCCUUUACCUUGGACAUGUAAUCAGCGGGCAAGGUGUAACUGUGGACAGCUCCAAAAUUCAGGCCAUCAAUGACUGGCCCUGA